UUCCACUUUAAGGUGCUGCGGGUAAUAUUGUUUCCACCAGUACCAAAGAAUGAGCAACAUCAAAAAAUGCAAAGCGAUCGACAACACGUCCAAGAAGAUUCACCCCGAAAAUGAAACCGACCUACCAUUAAUAUUCAUAGGAGGAGUGUAUCGCAGUGGAACGACUUUAAUGCAAACGAUAGUGGAGUCACAUCCAGAUAUAAGAUGCGUCCCUGAAACGCACGUCAUAACAAAAAUUUUAAUGGAAAGAGAUAGAUGGCUAGGACCGAAAGAUAAUAUUAAAACAUUACAAGAGGCUGGAGCUUACCCUGAAGCGUUGGAUAUAGCAAUGGCAAAGUUUAUUCUCGAAAUAAUUAAAGGACACGGGCCUUCAGCAGUCUAUUAUUGCAAUAAAGAGCCGGUAGUGCUUCAAUACAUGAAGUAUAUGCAUAAGCUAUUCCCUCAUGCAAAGUUUAUAUUUAUGAUUCGAGAUGGUAGAGCGGUGGCUCAUUCAAUUGUAACAAGAAAUAUCAAAAUUGAAAAUCUUGACAUAAGUAGCUACAGAAAAGGUCUUCAAUUUUGGAAUGCACUCAUCAAAGUUAUGAACGACCAAUGUAAAGAACUUGGUGAAAAUAUAUGCUUGCCAGUCUACUACGAACAACUGUUAUUACAGCCCAUCAACACAACGAAACAAAUUUUUAAAUUUUUGGAUAUACCUCGGAGAAAAAAUAUUUUACAUCAUGAGAAACAUCCAAACAAAACGAGACUUUUCAAAAAUGAAUUUUCUACUAACCAAGUGAUGCAGCCAUUGCACCUUGAUUCUCUCACAAGUUGGUUUGGACAUAUUCCUCGAGAUGUGGAAAGAGACAUGAAACUUAUUGCACCUAUGUUAAGCGAACUUGGUUAUGAUCCUGAAGAUUCUACUCCAAAGUACGGAGAACCAGAAUACUUCAAUGUGGCGGACUCGACUUGUACUUGACGAAAAUUCAAUGACUUAAUUGUUUUUUUCGCGCAAAUUCUUAUUUAAACAGUAAACAUAAAGUAACAAAUUGAAGACUACCCGGAAACGUGGAUUGUAUAUACUUGAGACCGGUAGACCAUACUAGUACCGAAGCUUUUUAACAUGAGUCAACAGCGAUCAGAAACCGAUGUAGGUAUCCACCAGAGCGU